AUGACGUCACGAGAGUCACGAGACAAAAGGAAACCGAAAGUGUGGACGAGGCUCCAGCGCGAGAGCAAAGCGGAAAGAAACGUCAGGAAUGUGAAGUUUACACGAACCGUCCUGUUCCUUCUCCUUCAUUACAGCAUCCCUCUGCUGGUUUACUCCACUCAGUGUUGUGUCUCCUCCACCAUGAGACAUGCCUGCAGCAUUCAUUACAGUGUCCUGUUCCUCCUGACAGUCACCACUACAAAUACACUGGCCUCCAAUUCUGUAACAGCAAAACUUCAUCAGUCUGCUACACUAUCAUGCAAUUACAAAUGUCCUGGUGUUGUCACAUGGGCCAUGUUCCAUAAUCCAGGCAAUAAACUGGCACAGUGUAAUAAGACAAAGUGCUGGUCAGAGAAGGGAUAUGAACUGUCUCAUGAUCAGUACCUGAAGGGAAAGAUUCUUCUCACCAUCACUGCGGUAGACUACAGUAAUCGUGCCUUAUACACAUGUGUGUGUGAUGGUGUAGAUGCCUGUGAUGUGCGUCUCAUCAUUGAAACUUUGACAUCAUUAGUUCAGUUAAACCCUGGUGAAGCUCUGGUGAUGGAUUUGCCCAUACCAGAGCCAGUGGAGGUGAUGUAUAAAGCCAGAGAUUCAGCUGAUUUAUACGGUGCUCAGAUCUGUACAGUGACUCAACGCUCACUACAGUGUCAACCUGAAUACACACACAGAGCAUCACUCAGUUACCCAAACAUUACACUGAGAGACGUGAACAUGACUGAUAGUGGUACCUACUCUAUCCGGGACAGGAAGAAUGAGGAAGUCAUUCAUAUAUACACACUCACUGUGAACGUGGUCAAGCUGGAAACAGAGAAGGAGCCAGGGAGUCUUUGGUGGAUUGGAGUGAUUGUAGUUCUGUUGCUGAUCACAUUUAUUAUCGUAGUGAUUGUAGUGAUGAAUCAUCUUGUACAGCGUCUUAAAAAGGAAAAAGCAGAGCUGGAGGAAACUAUCAAACUAAAUGGUUCUGUGACAGAGCUGAGAAGCCGACAGAGAUCUUUCAGCGAUGCAGGACCAUUGCUCAGGAAGAUGUUAGAAAUGGAGAAUCUCAUACAGCUCUACAAACCUGAAUCAAAGAGAAAAUCUCUGAGCUUGCCAAACCUAAAUAACAUCACAGUGGUGGAAAUGUUGCUGAAGAAAAAGGAAGAAAUGGAGGCAGUUGUACAGCACAGGCAGGACUUGGAGCAGUAUACAAUCAGCCAGUGGUGGAGUUUGAGAAGGCCAGAACUGGACAAGCUCAUAGAACACUGGAUAAAUAAUGAGAAUACAGUUCUACCACAACACAAUCACCAGUCUGUUACCCAGUGAGUAUCACAGCAUGUACCUCAGCCCACAGACAUGGCCACGUGCUGCACCAUCCAGAAAACACAACCAAUGUUCUAACUGCUCUGGAAUGUUUUCUGAUUAUUGCUGCUGCUAGCUGUUGGUAAAAUUCUAUGUCUCCGUAUUAAUUGUGAGAAGCCAUGAUUAAUGGUUAAUGCACACUGUGACUAAGGGUUAACAGAGUGACAGUCACGCAUUUCGGUCUUUUCUCACGCUCUCCCGUCACACAUCGUAUUUCUCACGCAGAAAAACAUUUUGACUAUUUAUCAUAUAUUUAAUAUGCCGCAGCACCAAAAAUGUACCAGUCCACACAGCUGUCUCUAUGGAACCCGGCAGGAACCGGGCUGUGCUUGCCUGUCUUCAAAACUUGAGAGCCCUGGGUUAAUGCACACAUUGAUUUCUAUAAUGUCUCGGUGUUAAUUGUAAGAAGCCAGAUGAUUAAGGGUUAAUGCACUUCUCCCUAUAUUUCCCGGUUCAUGAGGCUCAUUUAUGGGUCAGCGGCCAUCUUAGAUUUUCACUUCCGGGGUUUAUGUGACCAGGAGGCUGCCUACACAUGGUUCUGAAACACCUGUGUUCUGCAUUUGGGUCCUUACCUACCAUUUUUGACACAAUGUGACUGAAAAACAACCCCAAGUCAUAAAGUUCCUUUAUACUUCAUUUUACUCAUCAUUAUCUUGUGCAAUUUUUCAGCCAUUUAAUCAGCCUAAGACCUGUACAGUUUGAUUAAUUUUAUUUAAUGUGUAGUUAUAUGUCCAGUCAAACAGUGUGUAACACGAACAACAUUACGACUUUAACGACUUUAAAAAGUUUUCAAACAUGACUGUGUGAUUAUAGAAUGUGAUGAAAAUACUGUUCGAUUUUGUAAAAUUCAGGAUUGGAAAGAGUUACAAGUCAUAAUGAAACAGGAGAAAUGUGUAUUUGUGUUUUUUUAGGUUUCAGCAUGGUUUUUGUAGGUUUUUUAUCCAUGUGUACAUGUUUAGGUGCUUUUUGUAUGAUGGAUUGUUUUUAAGCAAAAUAAAAUUUCUAUUUUCUGUAA